AUGAGUUGGAUAUUCAAUAUUACAGAUAUUACCAAUAAUACACACACGCCGCCCACACUCCCGUAUCAACAAUGGGCGUACCUAGCAACUGAGGAAAAGCAAGCAGUCAAGUCACGCAGCACCAUUGAUGCAGGAUCCCAGGCCAACGUACUUGAUGCAGCACUCUGGGCAGCAAACAAGAGCAGCCUAGGGCCUUUGAAGCCCUCUCAAACACUGCUGCAAGUGGCAGACGGCAAGGCAUCACGAUGCCUGGGACAAUGGACAGGCCAAGUCAAACUAGCAGGGCAAGCACAGUGGUCAAGCUUUGAAGUUUUUGAUUUGGGCGGUGCAUUUGAAGUCCUGCUAGGCAAACCUUGGCUUACGCAGGCAAAAGCAACCCAGUCAUUCAUCAACAACACGCUACACUUACCUGGUCUAACACCCAUCCCCAACGCAUAUCCACUGGUGGAAGGAUGGACAAGGAAGGAACCAAAUAAAUUAAACAAGGAAGGAACAGAGGCAAUAGAGGAAUCAGGGGUAGCGGGAGCAAAACCGGAGGAACUGAAGCCGGAGCGGGAGGAAAAGGUCCAGCAACCGGAAUGCAAAGCAGAGACAGGAGACGGAUGCAGGCGGAGCAGGAGACUAGCAGCAAGAGGAAGUUGGUACUGGGUACCGGAAAACCAAGUAGCGUUGCUAGAAAGGGAAGCGGGAAUGGAGAGAAUGGGGAUGGGGGAAAACCCAAGACCAAGGGAAAGGCUGGACAAAGCAAUCACGCAAGCAAAAAGGGCCUUAGCCCGCCAAGAGAAAGCGGAAGCGGCAGCACCAAAGAAACAAUUAGAUGCAAUGAAUAUUGGUAAAGAGCACAACACACACCUACCAGCCAACCAGUCCCAGCGUUGGACGGACCCAUUUGCGGCAGACAGAGUAGCGAAAAUCCAAAACCGGGUAUCAGUGGGUGAGAAUCUAACAACCAACCAAAAGGCACACAUCCGGGGACUGGUUGCAAGCUACGCCAACGUCUUUGCACUUGACCUAUUGGAAGUCACAUCAGUCAAAACGCAUUUGCACAAGCUCAACAUACCACCCAGUGCAAAAUUCCAAACCCAAGUAGGCCAGAAACCCCUCUUGCAAACCCAGAGAACCUGGCUGUAUUCCACACUGGACAAAAUGGAGGCGGCAAACAUUAUCAAGAGAGUGCCAAACACAUUCCCAGCAGCCGUGUCACCCACCAACGUAGUCCCAAAACCCGGAGGAGCCAAAGAACCUUCACUCAAAUACCUCCAAAUGCUAGCUAACAGAGCCUGUGAGGAAGCGGGCAUCCCAGUGCGCUUGUCACAACUCAGCUCGGACCUAUGGUUCAAGGGGGCUUAA